AUGAAGCAAACGGUAAUAGAUCUCGGCAAUCCAGUUCUUCUUCAAGAAAUCAUCAUAAACAUACUCAUACGGCUUCCGAUAAAAUCCCUAAUACGGUUUCAAUGUGGGUGCAAACAUUGGAAAAAUCUCUUCAAAACCCCGUCUUUCAUAGCUGAGCACCUCCAUCACUCCGCUCAUCAAAACUCUUCUCUUCUUUUCGAAGAUAAGGACGAAUGUGGUCGUUUGCGCUUACGUUUGUUUGAUCCUGGUAUGCAAGUCCUUGAAUUUAAGAACGAACGUUUUAUCGGUUCUGUGCGGCGUAAUUGGAUUGUCGAUUCCAGCAACGGCCUGCUCUGUGUUAUUGGUAAAAAUCAUUCCAUUUAUUUGUGGAAUCCAGCUAUUAGAGAUGUUAGAAGAGUGCCCAAAGCUAUUAACUGGUUUGAGAAUGAUGAUUUCUAUUUAGGAUUUGGAUUCAGUCCAAUUGUUAAUGAUUACAAGAUAGUGAAACUUUAUGUUUCUGGGGCUGAUGAUGAUCUGGUUAAUCUAGUAGAGGUGUAUUUGUUAAGCACAGGAUCAUGGUACGAAGUUGAAUUUGAUGAUUUAGAUGGUGUAGCUAUUAGUUCUAACGGUUUCAAUAUUAAUGGAAAUGGAGCUAUCUUUUGGUCUGGCUUAAAGCUAGGUGUGGAAGAGGAUGCCUCUACAUAUUCAGAACAUCUCAAUGGUCUUGCUAUAUAUGAGAACAAACUUGCUAUGCUUUCUCACACUCUGAGUGAUGACCUUGAAUCCUCUUUGGUCGAAUUGUGGGUGAUGGAGGAGGAUACAGGUACAUCUAGGGAGAGAUGGAAUUGGACAAUUAGAUAUACCAGCAAGCCCUAUUUAGGCUUAUGGUUACUCCCAGUGACUAUUUGGAAGAAUGAAAUUAUCUGUGAUGUUACUGUAUUGCCUGAAGACAUUACUAAAACUAAAGCCGAAGUGGAGAAUGCUGAGCAGAAAAUUGUUAUGUCCAAUCUCACUACUAAUGAAUUCAAGAUGUUUGCUAUUCGCAGAGCUGGUGGUGUUGGUUAUGGGAUUUUCAAUUAUGCUGAAAGCCUUGUUUCAGUUAACAACAUCCAAAUUGAGUAG